UCAUAUGGAACAGAACAAAUCUCGUGGACGGAUGUGAGGAGAGCAAGAAGAGAGGCUCAACCCCUUUCUCUUUCAGUCGUUCUGUUGCUUUUUGUUUGGGUUAACAAUAGAGAGAGAGAGAGAGAGAGAGAGAGAGAGAGAGAGAGAGAGAGAGAGAGAGAGAGAGAGAGAGAGAGAGAGAGAGAGAGAACAGAAGCGCGAGCUGCUCUCCAUGCCUUCAGUCUAGCGGAGCGGGCGAUGGAUGUGAGAUUUUACCCUGCACCUCCUUCAAGCGUGGGCUCCUGUACAUUACCCACCGACACCAGCCUCUCCUCUCUGGACUAUUACCACUGCAACAAGAGCAGAUACGGUGUAGGAGAUCGAGGUGUUAGGCUGUACGGCGCUUUACCCCUAAGGCCCAACCCUGAGGAGAAAAGACUGCCCUCUUCAGGGUUUGAUGGUGACAACAUGUACAUGAGUGAGAACAACCAAGAGUUCCUCUCCCCGAGUCAGAAUUACUCCGGACAGGGAGGGGGCAGUGGGAACGGAGGAGGAGGGGGAGACGAGGACUACGAGAUCCCUCCUAUAACCCCCCCGAAUCACCCCGAGCCGCCGCUGCUGCACCUGAUGGACCCCGAGUCCAGCUACCUGUGUCACUCCAUCCCUCACAACGGCCUGAUCAACCCGUACUCGUACUCCGAGCUGCCCGCCCUCAUGAUGUCCAACAUGCUCACCCAGGACGGACACCUGCUGUCCAGCCAGAUGCCCUCGAUGCCGAUGUUUGCGGGGCAAGCGGGCAGUCAUUACCCCCGUGCCCACCACAGCCCCAUGCUAAACCCAUCUGCCCGGAUACUGCCCCACCCCAUGAGCGCCCUGUCCCAGCUCAGCUCUCAGAUUGGCCAAGGCUCCUUUACACACGGUUCCCCGUCAUCGUCAGGAAGUCAGUCAGCCACGCCCUCCCCCUCAAGCUCCGCCCAGGAAGAGGAAGCAAAGUACCACUCAAAGAUCACAGGAGAGAAGCGACCCUCCUCUGACAUGAUGAAGCCUAAGCCCAAACCUCAGAAGAAGAAGAAGAAGAAGGACCCCAACGAGCCGCAGAAGCCCGUCUCAGCCUACGCACUCUUCUUCAGGGACACUCAAGCCGCCAUCAAGGGCCAGAACCCCAACGCCACCUUCGGAGACGUCUCCAAGAUCGUGGGGUCCUUGUUGUGGGGUAUUGUGGGGGAGGAGAAGAAAUUGUGUUUCGUCUCCUCACAGGCAUACAAACGGAAAACAGAAGCAGCAAAGAAGGAGUACCUGAAGGCCCUGGCAGCGUACCGAGCCAGCCUGGUUUCCAAGACCUACAGUGACCCGGUGGAGAGCAAAAGCGGCCAGUCUAGUCAGCCAUCGUCACACAUGAUGGGCCCCAACGCCCCCCUGUACAGCGUCCCGCCCCAGCCCUCCUCCCCGUACCUGGGCCCCAGCCCCUUCCCCCUCUCGGACCUCCAGAGCUACGCGGCGGGGGCUCCCAGACACGGCCUGCCCCGUUCUGCCAUGCUGCCCGCGCUCAGUGCCUCCCCCCCAGCGUCCUUCCAGAUCAGCCCUCCCCUCCACCAGCAGCUCUCUCUGCACCAGGGCUCCCUCCUCAACCAGCCAAUCCGCAUGCAGCAGGUCCAGUCGCAGCCAAUCAUCUCUCACCAGAUGGGCCUCCAGGCUCCGCUGCACUCCCCGCCCCCAGGACAGCAGGGAUUCUCUCACUUACAGUCCGAGUAUCAGAAGAGCGUGGGGGGGUCUCAGUCUCCAGGAGCUCCGAACCCAGUGGGCCAGAACCCCGACUGGGACAGCGAGUACUGCAACCGGGAAUGCGGUGGAAACCACUGCAGUGGCAGUAUGAUAGGCAGGGAUAAGCCACUCUACCUCACUUGAAGCAAAACAAGGAGAACGGAAAGAGAAAAGAUGAAACAACACCAGGGAGUCCCCGGCACCUCUCCACCCUUCCCAGACAUCAUCAGUUUCCCUCAGUGUCAUUUUUCAUUCGUUUUUAGAAGGAUGUGUGUGUGUACGCGUUCUGAAGACUACUAGUGAUCCUUUCAUUUUUACCAAGCACUUAAAAAUGUACAGGCCUCUCCGUCAGAGACCUCAGAGAGCACUCAACCCAUCUCUGAAUAAACUUAAAAGAAAAUGACAAAAAAAGAUGUAUAUAACAAAAAACGAAAAGAAAAAAAAAAAUAAAGCAAACUACCAUUAAACUCGCCCUCAGGGCAAAUGAGCUUUAACUAAAACAGAGGAAACUCUCCUCGUAGUUUCUCAGUUACUUUCCUCCUGGUCUCAUUUUUAUUUUUUUAUUUUUUUUUGUUUUGUUGUUGUACUUUUAUUUAUUUUCUGCUUGCAACAUAGCGCUUCUUUUGGCCGAUAACAGGUCCUUUACUUUAGAGAAAAUACUCUUCUGAGUGCGAUACGUUGCUGUUCAACUAAUGCUCUGUGAAUUUUACGCAAAAAAAAAUAGACAAGAAAAAAAUAAAUAAGGAAAAGGAAAAAUUGAUAAAUACAACUCCUUUUUUGUAAUUUUAAAGACCCGUGUAGGUCUUUGUUGAUCUGUCACAGUGUGAUUGUAAAUAUCACUUUUUUGGGGGUCAAAUUGGGAAGAUGAAGUCCAGAUAUUUUUUCUUCUUUAAUAUGACAUAAUUCAUUGAUUUGUAUUUUAAAUGGUAUUUUGUGAAUGCGUGCCGGUAUGAAUGAGUGUGUGAGUGUAUUUGUGCGUUGUGUAACUGAACAGCCUGUGCAGGUGAUAUCAGAAGAGUGUUUCCACACGUACACAAUCUUGCAUUAAAAUCUGUGCUCACUGGUGUGAUUUCCCCCCAAAAAAGAUCUAUGGCAAAAACAAUGACAGACUGCAUGACCUGGCUCUCCAUUUAGGCUCCAAAAUUCAUCGGAGACUCAGUUUUGAUUUUGAAGCGGGCUCCUUCACGACUUAAGAAAGUAAUUAUGACUUUGUAUCUCACAAUUCAGACUUAUUUUCUCAGAACAGCAUGAGGUAAACUCAGAAUUCUGAUUUUUAAAUUUUUUUUUUGGUCAGAAUUGCAAGGAAUAUAAAGUUGCAAAUGCUUGUUAGAAGGCCAGAAUUGCAGGAUAUAAAGUUGCGAUUGUGAAUUAUUAAGUCACAAUGUGACAUUUAAACUCACAAUUGAACUGAACUUUAUAACUCACAAUUGCGAGUUUAUAUAUCUCAAUUCUGAGAAAAGAAGUCGGAAUUAUGAGAAAAAAAAAGAGUCAGAAUUGUGAAAUAGAAACUUGCAAUUGAAUUGGACUUUAUUUCUAUAAAAGAAAAAAAGUCAAAAUUGAAAGAUGUAAACACAAUUACGAGGAAAAAAGUCAGGUCCGUGUAACGCUUCACAAUUCAAUUUUCUGACCAUAUGGUGCAAAUGCAAAAAUGAAAUCAAACAUUAUUUUUUUUUUCAGUUACUUCAUAAAUUAAUAAUUGCAAUUUUCUCUCCUUUUUUUCAGUUUACUAAAUUGUGACUAAAGAAAUGAUCAUUUGAAUAGAAAUCUAAUCAAUUUUCUAUUUUCCUUUUUUUUUGCGCAAUUUAAAAUAGCGCAAUUUUCUUUCAUAUUCUGGGCUAUACUGCUUGUCUGUAAAUAGUACCCUAUAUGUUUAUUAUUAAUAAGGUGUGUCCUUCAGUGUCACUGUUUUAGUAGGAUACAUUAAGCCACGUUAAGCGUUUGUGAAACAGUCUGCGGCCACACCCCCGCGCUAAUGGUACAGCCCACAGCGCAAAUUGUAAGAUUAUAAAAAAAUAAAUGGAAAAAUAGAAAAUUGUUUAGAUUUUAUUUAUUCAAAUGAUCAUUUCUGAAGUCACCAUUUAGCAGACGUAAAAUUGAAAAAAGUCAGAAUUGCGAGAUAUAAACUUGGCAAUUGUUCAUUUAUGAAGUAGAUGAAAAAAAGGAAUGUUUCGUUUCAUUUUUACAUUUUUUGCAUUUGCUCCAUAUGGUCUGAAAAUUGAACUGUGAAGCGUUACACUGACCAAGUCGGAAUUGCGAGUUCAUAUCAUGCAAUUCUUAGAAAAAAAGUCAAAAUUGUGAGAUGUAUACUCGGAAUUGUGAGAUAAAAAGUCGAAAUUAUCUUUUUUAUUUUUUUCUUCAGUGGCAGAAACAUGCUUGCAUAAGACUGAGAUCGCAAAUGCACGGUUUUACGAAGCAUGUUCACAGCCAAACUCGUGAGGUGAUUUGAUCAGCUUUGUCGAUUUACUCUCAGGUUCUACAUGCGACGAAUAGAAGCAUAGAUGUUCAAGUUUCAGGUCAAAGGCCAGAAACAUACUUUACACAAGUACGCAGACGUGAACACUUUGCCGACACAUUGCAAGUACAGUUUCCAAAUGUUUGUGCCAUUAAACCUUAUGAUUCAGCAAGAUUCUCUUCAGUUUAUGUUAAUGUGGCCAUUUGUGACAACACAGAUGAUGCACCGCAUUUCACGUUUGUGUACUUGCAAAGAGUUUGUUUCAAGCCUGAAGCAGUAGUUCUAUUGAAACCCGGGUCAUUUCUUUUGCCUGGUCUUGACUGACGUUAAAUCCACCAAUAUAACAUGUAAAGGUGAACUAUACUGUUCUCAAUGUGAGAUAAUACAGCACACAGUAAACCAACAGUGGGUCUAUAGUUUUCUAGUAGCUUUUGCUAGAUGUUCUAUUGUGUUGAUCUCAUCUUUAAUUAAGUUUUGUGGGAAAAUUUUUUAAAUCAUUUAGUCAAACGUUUUAUUUUAAUCUUUGUUUCUACUGUAGCAUACUAUUUUUAGUUAAAUAAAAAGAAUAACUUCUAAGACAUUUAAUUUGUGUACAAACCUGCCAAGUGUAGUUAUUUUAUUUGUAAAGUCAGCAAUGAUAAUUAUUUUAAAAUUGUUAUCAGCAAGUUGCCCAUUAGUUAAUAUUUAAUAAUGUUUAACAGGUUUCUAUUUAUGAACAAAAUGAGAUCAAUUUUGCUUAUAACUACAAUAUUUGAAUUCUACUGUUUUUUUUUGUUUUUUUUUUUUGAUUAUGAUGAUGAUGACAAUUGCUUUUAUUUUUUAUUUUUACUUUUUGAAUGCUGUUUUUUUUUCUUUCCUUGCCAGCCAGGUCAUUUUGUGUCACUAUGCCUUUUUGUUUCAUUUUGUCCGUAAUAAAAUGUUAAAUGAGA